AAACUAAAAAUAAAAAAUGCUCAAAUUUUGCAUUUCCGGCACCUUACCUAAAUAGCUAAAUGCUUAUUUAAAAAGUAUCUCUUUUGAGAAGCUACGGAUAUUUUAACAUCAUACUGUUAUUAUAAUUGCUAAGAAAAAUAUCUUCGAAAUUGCAAAUAUUCUCAUACGUCAGGAGCUAGAAAUUGUUUCUGAUUUACAUUCAUAUUAGAAAACAGAUUUUGAUGUCUUCUUUAAUUAGUUCAUUAAAUACAUUGAAAACAUUCUUAUUAUUAUGUUAAUAUUUUAUUUUUUGUCUUUACCAGACAGUGAUCUACUGUAUGAAGUCAAUAGAUGUUUUGCAUAGUAAUGUCACGUUGAUAGAAAGUACACAGGUCGUGACAGACAGACCAUGCCAACGAAAGGUAGAUCUCUAUCUGAUGGUUAUAUAAUGUUCAUCUACUCGAUCUCCCAGAUCAAUGAUGUCAGCGCCUGGAUCCAUAGAUUUUUGGUCGGAAAACUUGGGAAAACAAUAGGAAUCCUAUAGUCGGACUUUCCUAGUUUCGAUCAGAACAGGUCAUAAUCGGGCAGAGCCAGCCGCUGAAUUUCUGCUUCCAAUUUCUUCCAAUUUUCCGGUGAGCAUCAGCUCUUAUUUUGUUACAUAGAAAUUGUGCUUUAGGACAGCUUUCCUAUAUAAAAAGUGUUAUGAAUUAAUAUGAAACAAUGAUCGUUACAAACUCUUAUUUAUUUCCAAUGACUAUUGUAGUUUUAGUCGAUUUAAUUUUUCUGUAAAUUCUUUGUAUGAUUUAGAUGUGUCUCAAAAACAAAGAUUAAUAUGAUUUAUGUUUAUUAGUCUAUGAUUUUCAUUCGUGAUCAUUUUACUAUAUUUUUGAUCUGUUUUUGAAUCACAAAAAAAUUAUUUAUCGAUGAAACAUUUAAAAAAAUCUAGUAAUUUCAACUUAGGUCUAGAAGUACGAACUGUUUCCGGCCAAAAAGCUCGAGAAAACGGUAGGAACUUGGAAGAAGGAAUCCGGCGAUUGGAUUCCUUCUUCCAAGUUCUUACCAUUUUCCUGCCAAAAUCAUUAGCCUGAUUAGACUAAUUCUCGAAAUUCUUUUAAACAAGUAGAGUGAAACAUGAAUAACUGAUCUCUUUAAUUAAUUGAACUUUUGUUUGAAAUGGUAUGAUAAUUCGAUGGAGAAAAACUAUUAAUAAAAAAAAAUCUGAUCAUUCCAUAUUUGAAUAAAUUUAAUUUUGAUUAUGAAUUCUUUUUUUUUGUUCAGGUAACAAGAAAACUCUGAUGGAUAUCGUACAUAAAUUAAUGGUUCAUAUGAAUAAAUCUGAAGAAUCACAUUAUCGAGAUGAAUUACUUUCAAAAAUAAUUGAAAUAUGUAGUCAAAAUGAUUAUCACCAUAUAGCUAAUUUUGCAUUGGUUUACAUUUAUUUUUUUAAUUUUUAUUAAUAAAAAAAACAUUAUUUAUUAAAAUAGGUAUAUUAGUAUAUUAGUCGAAUUAACUCGUCUUGAAGGUACAAAACAUGAUAAUCUCAUAUCUUUACAAAUGCUUGAUAUUGCUGCAAUUCUUCUUGAAAAUGAUUAUGUUUUUAUUCAUGAUUCAAAUUCUACAACUGUCCCCGAAGUUUUAUAUGCUGCUGCAUGGAUUUGUGGUGAAUUUUGUUCGCCGUUUGGAUUUACUGAAGAUCCUUCUGCUCCAUUAGAACUAAAAAUAUUAUUCGAUUGUGUUCUUAAUCCAGUUGCUGCUAAAGCUCAAAGAAAAGUUGUUGUACCAAAUAGUUUGGAUUUGAAUGCUUGGAUAAAUGAUCCUCCAUCGAAUAGUGAAGAUGAAUCAAUAACAACAAGUUCACAUUAUGAUAAUAAAGAUCUAUUUUAUGGUGAUAAUGGAGAAAAUUAUAAUUCUAAUUUAUAUUCCGAUGUUACAUUAAGUUAUCAAAAAUCAAAAAAAUAUAUUGAACCAACUGCUGAUGAAUUAGAAAAACAACGAGAAUCAAGAAAACAAAGUGAACAAAUGAAUCCAUUCUAUUUGAAAGAUUCGAAAAAACCAAAAUUGACACAAAGGACUGAAACAACUUUGGAUACUAUAAAUGGUAAUGAUCGUAUUGAAUCAACAUUAUCACAAGGAACAAAUGUUACUAAAGAAAAAUCAAAAACGGAUGGUAAAUCAUCAAAAAAAGGAAAGAAAUCAUCGAAAAAAUUUAAUAUAACAGUAAUCGAUGAUAAUGAUGAUGAUAUUUAUCGAAUUGCUGAAGUAACACGUGGUGGUGAAUUACCAGAAGGUGCUACAGAAAGUGGAAAUGAAGACAAUGAUCAUGAUGUUAUUGUUGGAAAAAAUAAAAAAUAUGAUCCACAUCGAGCACUUAAUAUUGACUUAAUUCCUAAACAAGUUGAAACACCUCCCAUAUUAACUGGAAAGCCAAAAAAAUCUAAGAAAAAGAAAAUAAUUGAAAAACAAGAACAAUCAUCAACAUCGAAAUCUAAACACAAACGAGAACGUAGUGAUUAUAAAAGAUUAUUAUCACCAGCUGAUGAGGAAGAAAAUUGUCCAACUUCAACACCUCCUCCUUCUGCUAUUGCAAAGAAACCAAAGAAAAAAAAUCAUCAUCCAUCAAUAGCUCAACUUGAUGUAACAUUUCUUUUAAAAAAUCGAACAUCAUUUAUUAUUGAUCAUAUUAAUAUUCAUUAUAUUGAUAGUAUGAGUUCGAAAUUAUUGAAUACAACAAGUACAAAUUUAAUAUCAUUUCCAUUUAUAAGAAUUUUUCCUCAUUCGCAAAAUUAUAUUCAUAUUUAUUUUUCAAUAAAUGCUAUAUCAUUUUCUCAAAAAUUAAAAACAACAUUAACUUAUUCUAUAAAUAAAUCAAAUAUAAUUGAAACAGAUAGAAUUGAAUUUAAACUUAAUUUGCCUUGUUCACAAUAUUUACGACGAAAGACUAUUGAUUCUUCGGGUACAUUGACAUGUCAAUCACAAUUUCGUAUUCCAUUAUCUAAUCAAGAUUUUCUAUUGAUAAUUAAUACAAUUUGUCAAUCUUAUCGAUUAACUGUAUUUAAUUUUGUUAUCGAAAUAAUUAAUUCAGCUGCAUCUUUAUAUGCUGAAACAAUUUUUGGACAACCAAUAGCUCUUUUAUUUAAAUCAAUAGUAUGUAUAUUUUGA